AUGUCCAAGCUAUCGCCAUCCCUCAAGUCGCUCAUCAACGCCGCACACUCGCGCCCAGGGCCUGUGCCAGCGCCCGCAGGAAUCCAAGGGAUAUACAACCGGAUAGAAAAGGAAGCCACAGAGCGCAAGCUGGGACGCCCAUCAUGGCUCAGCAUAUCCACCGCCGCAACAAUGACCAUGAACUCGCCCGAAUCCAUGAUUGCCCUCUACCACAGCUCGAGCAAAUCGCGCCCAGAAAGUGAAAGCGUUGCGAUCGCAGAAUUUAUGCGCGAAAUCGGUCUCAAGUGUAUCGGUUUUAACGGCAUUCCUCGCACAAUCAACAUGCUGAACGCCUUCCGUGCGGCUCUCCCAGCCUCAGUUGCUUCAUCACUGAAUAAAACACCUACGCGAUUCCCCGACCCAUCCAACGUGGAGCAAAUAAACAAGCGUGGUCGCGAACUCUGGAACGCAAUCUACCGCCCUCUGGAAACAAAACUCGAACAGAAGCUUGGAGAAGCGCACCCGGAUCUACCCGUCUUCAUCAUAAACAGCGAGUACGGAGGCCUCUUUACCGAUCCCCCACGCAACCAAGGUGCAACUGUGGGACGUAUCACAACGAGCUUGAUCGCAAUAACAUGCCUAAGGGCGCAGCAGGGUGUCGGUCCACAAGUACUCAGUCACGUUUUCGGAUUGAGAAAAUCAUGGGAAGAUGGAACUUGGAAACAGGAGCCGGAAGCUGGUGAGGAAGAAGGAAUCAAGUGGCUGGUUAGCGACGAGGGAUGCACAUGGGUGUUGGAAAAGGUAGAUGAGCUUGUACAGGCGCUUGGUGGCGGACAGGGAAGCACUUUUGCGCCUGUUAAGGCGAAAUUGUAA